UCUAGUACUUACUAGUUUCCCUAAGCUUGUUACGGGUGUCACCUGCAGAUCUCAGUUGUUUUAUCAACAGCUGUCGAAACAGCUCGUGGCACUGACUGAAUAGGAGGCCGCUGGCUGGAUCACUUCAUACUUAUAGGACAGGCAUCUCUCCAGCCACCCCAGGACCGAUUGCAGCCCUCAGACCGCCACCUACUUUUUGAACGUUUUCCGGAGAGGGACCCCAACUAUCCCCGCCCCCUUGUCCGGGACGUCUGAGGCCCGACCACACGCUAGCGAAUUACGCAGGGCAACAACAACAUCAACAACAACAUCACGAACAACAGAGAGAAGUACAAUUUGUUGUUUACGCGGAGGCGCAAUCAGCAGCGUGUUGCUGGCUGGAAAGGAGCGAAAGGGAGGAGCAGACGCUGGGCUCUGCACAACUGCAGCGGCGGCAGCACCACCGGCGCCAGCGUUUGUGUACAAAGCCUGCUAAGAGCUUUUGCCCUGCAAGCAGCGGCAUCAGCAGUGAACUACAGCAGCAGCAGCAGCCCCAGCAGCAGCUGCUGUCGUACGUCCCCAGCAUCAUCCCUGGUACCGCCCCAGCAGCAGCAGCAGCCGGGCGGCAACCUGUGUAGCUGAAUCUCUUCUCCCCUCAUCACCCUCAUCACCCUCCUCCUCCUUCAUCCAUUCCUCCCUCCAUCCAUCCACAAUGCUGCUCCGGUUGCGGUCACGUGACGGCCUGGAGCGCAUCCAGGUAGACGACGGCGCCACCCUAGCUGCCCUGAAGGCCGCCAUCCAGGCGCAGCUGGCCAUCCCCGCGGAGGACAUGCACCUCUCCAAACAGCCCGGGCUGUUGACUAGCAAGGAGCCGUACAGCUUCAGAGACAUGGCCAUCAACGAUGCGUCGCUCAAGUCGCUGGGUGUGUCCCACGGCGACAUGGUCUACCUGCUCUACAGCUUCGAGCGCCAAGUGGAGCCAGCCGUGAAGCCGGUUGCCAAGCCCUUCGGCGCGCACAUGACUCUGAGUGACGUGAUGGCCAAGGUGGUGCGCAUCGAGCGGCAGGAGCAGCCGCACGUGCCGGCAGUCAGCUUCGACCGAAACGCGGCGAACGUGUUCCAAUCCUACCUGCAAGGCGCCUUCAACUUCUCCAUCAAGCGCGGCGGGCUGCUGUACGGCUAUGUGGACGACGAAAAACACGUCAAAGUGGACUUCAUAUACGAACCGCCGCAGGAGGGUUCCGCCGACAAGCUGCAGCUGCAGCGCCACACGGCCGAGGAGGCGCAGGUGGACCUGUUGGCGCAGCUGCUGGGCUACCGCAAGGUGGGCUUCAUCUUCUGCCAGAGCGUGCGGGCGCAGCGGGCGGCGGCGGAGGGGGACUACAUCAUCAACAGCGAGGAGCUGCUCAUGAUGGCCGCCAUGCAGGAUGAGAUCGGCGAGCACUGCACCACCGCACUUGUGACGCUGGUGGAGGAGGCGGACACCGGGCCGCAGGUGCACUUCGAGGCGUUCCAAUGCAGCGACCUGGCCGUGCGGCUGGCUCGCGAGGGCUGGGUGGUUCCCCGAGACCCGGUGGACGGCGUGUCGCGCAUGGUGAACCCCAAGGAGCCGGACGUCAAGCAGCCGGUCAUGCUAAACGGCAAGGACGCGGACGAGGUUGACAACGACUUCUUCCUGUGCCCCGUGCGCAUCAUGGACCACGAGGGCCGCCUCACCACCUCCUUCAACGUGGAAAACAGACUCACCCCGCAGGGCAAGACGGAGUUGCGCGAGCACCUGAAGCGCCUGUCCGGCCGCCCCUACGUGGAGCGCCUCUCCGACUUCCACCUGCUGCUGUGGCUGGCCAAGCAGCCCAAUCUGGACCCCCACGACAUGGCGCUGCUGUGCGAGGCUGUGCGGGAGCACCGACCCGUGCUGGAGGGAUACCGGGUCAUCAUUGACUCCAUUGCGGGCAUUGCGGGGUGAUUGCAAGGGAACUUAGGAGGAAAAAUGAGGAAACUGACGAGCUUGGGGGGGUCAAGAUAUAGACCAAACCUUGGGGGGGCCAGGGGUGAAGAAGAAAUUGAGGGGAAGGGGGGGUAGUUUUACUUUGGGUUGCAGUGAGGGGGUGGUGGUGAGGAGAUGUGCAUGCUUGAUUUGUGGUUGCUUCAGAGCUGUAGAUUGUUGCUGGAACGUUGUGUGUGCGUUGGAGUGCCUGUGCGGGUGUUUAAAUGAAGUGAGAGACUACGGUACUAGUGCUGCUUGUGCGGAUGGGAGCUAACUGUGGAGGUGAUGGCUGGCAGGCAGGCCAAGCCAUGACUACCCGUAUGUGCGUUGCGCAGUUGGCACGGGCGCGUCAAGGGGAGGAGGGGGACUGGCUGGCACGCAAGGAGGGUUUGAGGUUUUGCUUAUAUGCACUGAAGACUGCAUUGUGCUUUAAAGAGUUGAGAAGCUGACUAACGCGUCUCGUGGCCCAUGGGGCUCUGUUGUCAGUAGGGCUCUCGGCUGCUAUACGUGUCUGUGUCGUGUGUGUUUCUAAAGAAUGACAAGGUCACUGGCUGCUGAAGAACAUGGACGUAUGAGCCAUCCGUAGACGGCAAGACAUAACUGUCGUUUUGCAGUUGCAGGUGUUUCAAACGGAGAAAACAGCAACUGUGCA